AUGAUUAUACCAAUUUAUAUUGUAUUAAUUUUUUCAAUACUAUGUACAGUAUGGAAAAAUCAGCAUAUAUUAGUAACAGCUAAUGAACAAAGAUAUGAAACAUUGUGGACUACAGACAGAGAAAUUAACAAAUAUUUUCCAACAUGGAACAGUUUAGAUAGUCGUCCUCUUCCAAAUUGGUAUGAUGAUGCUAAAUUUGGUAUUUUUAUUCACUGGGGUGUUUUUAGUGUUCCUAGUUUUGGCUCUGAAUGGUUUUGGAAUAACUGGCAAGAAGAACAUAAUGGUACUAAAUACCAUGAUUUUAUGAAACAAAGGUAUCCACCUAGUUUUACAUAUCAAGACUUUGCUCCUGAAUUUACUGCUGAAUUCUUUAAUGCUACACAGUGGAGCGAAUUAUUUCAAGCUUCAGGUGCGAAAUAUAUUGUAUUGACAAGCAAACAUCAUGAAGGAUAUACAUUAUGGCCUUCUAAAUAUUCAUUUAGUUGGAAUUCUGUAGAUGUUGGACCAAAGAAAGAUCUCAUAGGUGAAUUAGCUAUAGCAAUAAGAGAUUUAACCAGUUUAAAAUUUGGUCUUUACCACUCUUUAUAUGAAUGGUACAAUCCUCUUUACUUGUAUGACAAAAGAAACAAUUUUACAACACAAAUUUUUGUUAAACAAAAGAUAAUCCCUGAAUUACAUGAGUUAAUAGAAAAAUAUAAGCCAGAAGUUGUAUGGUCUGAUGGUGACUGGGAAGCACCGGAUAUUUAUUGGAAAUCAAAAGAAUUUUUAUCUUGGUUAUACAAUGAAAGUCCUAUAAAAGAUACAGUUGUAGUAAAUGAUAGAUGGGGUCAAAAUAUAGCAUGUCAUCAUGGUGAUUUUUAUACAUGCACUGAUCGCUAUAAUCCUGGAAUACUCCUACCACAUAAAUGGGAAAACUGUAUGACAAUUGACAAAAAAUCUUGGGGAUUUCGUAGGAAUGCUGUUUUAUCAGAAUAUUUCUGUUUAGCAGAAUUGGUAAAAGAAUUAGUAGUUACAGUAAGCUGUGGAGGAAAUUUAUUAAUGAAUGUUGGGCCAACAAAGGAUGGUAUUAUUUCUCCAAUAUUUGAAGAAAGAUUACGUGGAAUGGGUGAUUGGUUAAAUAUAAAUGGAGAAGCUAUUUAUAAUACCAGACCUUGGACAACUCAAAAUGAUACUUUAACUAAUAGUGUUUGGUAUACAUAUAACAAAAACACAAAAGCCAUUUAUGCAAUAAUUCUUAAUUGGCCAAAUAAGGAUAUAUUGUAUCUAAGAUCAUUUAAAGCAACUAUUGGCACACAAAUUUCUAUGCUUGGAUCUAAUAUAUUAAUUGAAUGGAAACAAAAUAGUGAAAAUUUGACUGUAUUCUUACCAGCAACACUUCAUAAAGGACAACCAGCUUGGGCAUUGAGAAUAAAGUCGAAAUAACAGAACUAGAAUAUUUUACUAUAAAUAGUGUUUUAUAUUUAUAUGAAGAAAAAAAACAAAAGUA